GCCUCUCACCAAGGGCAGCUGAGGGAGCCUUGAUUUCUUCCCGCGUAUUGCUGUGGAGUUCAUCGUUACUCUUUCAUACCGCUUGAUUCGAUCUCGGGCCCAGGAUCCUCGAUCCAUCCUUCCGGAUAGUUCCAGGGGAAGUCCAUGGCAAGAUGCUCCGAACGAAAACCAGAACACUAGAAGCGCGCUCUUCUGCUAGAUGGCACCGCUCACCCCUGCGCAGAAAGCCGUGCUCGAGCGGAUAGAGCGGAAGAAAGAGCUUAUGCAGAAAAAAGCAGCUAAACGGAAAGCGAAGACCGAUACUGUCACGGUCACAUCUGCGAAUCAGGUCAACGACAUCGACUCGAAUUCCAAGAGGAGACGGAUUGAAACAGAAGACAACAACAACAAUCCGCCGGAGGUUUCGACCUCGAGGAAGGAUGCGAGAAAAGGCGACGCCACAACCAGCUCGAAAGGUGUCGAGCAAGGAGCUGGCGAAACCGCGCAAACGGCGACUCGACGCGGACGCAAAACUGGGAAGCCCGAUGAAACGCUGAAUUCCACCGUUGUGGAGGCAUCGACCUCGGUCCCCCCGAAAGCAACUGUACGGCGAGGACGCAAAACGGAAGCCGACCAGGAGCCUGGCAAGGCGGUCGCGGAUACGUUCAUGAAUGAGGCGCAGCUCCGAGUGCUGCAGAUGUUGGAGGAGAAAGGAGCAGCCAAGGAUAAGGGUCGGAAAUCCUUGAAACCCCCCAAAGCGGUCAUUCCGCCGAAGGAGGAUGUCGUAGAAAUUGAGUCCGACCCCACAUCUGAAGCCCCCGGAGCGAAGAGCAAAGCCCGAAGCAAGGUCCCGGUCAAGAUUGUUCCCGUUGAGAUCAGUGAAGAAGAGGAAGAACCACCACCGUCCAUACCUGAACGUCGAUCGCUCGUGGAUCAGCCGGUAGAGGAGGAUGAGGACCCGGGGCCGUUGAACGCGACCAUGAUCGCCGUCAUGGAGCAAAUCAAAGAGAAGAAAGCUAGAGCCUCGAUCAAGAGAACACCCGCAAGACCAAGAGCGACGCCGAAGAAACCUGAACCCGCACCGUGUGCUGCUCAAGAGUCUGCAGGCCCGUUGACUCCGAACCAGGUUUCCGUGUUGAAUAAGCUUCGGGAAAAGGGAACGGCCGAGAAAUCUGCGAUUACGGUGGAGUUGUCUGAUGACAAUGACGAAGACGACGCCCAACGAAUUCGAGUGACUGACGAGGAAAUUGACGAAGUCGUCAAGAGACUAUCGAAACCUCAGAACGGUCAGGAAAGGAACUUCGGAAAGCGCCUAAGGGACGAGGGCGUAUUUGAUGCUACGGAGCAGGGCAGGGCUUUGGACGACAAGCAGACCGCGUUGGUUCUCCACUACAAAAACUUGUUGAACAUCACCGUUCCUCCGCGAGGCGGCUCGCCAUUGAAAAGAGCUGCCAGAAGGCGGAACGUCUCAGAUGACGACGAGAGCGAAACUGAAGUCACGGAUGAGAUUGUGGACAUCACCACCAAGAAGAACAAGGGGGCUGGAGCCGUCGCGACCGAAGAAGGGUCUGACAUGGAAUGUGCGGAAAGCACACCCCCGAAAACCUGCAUCAUUUUCGACACGAAUGCUUACCUCCGAAUCCUCCCAUACUGUCGUGCACUCUUGGCCAGCGAUAAAUUGAAGGGCACCCCAGACUACGAAGAAUUGAUCAUGUUCGCGCUCUUCGUCGUGAUCCGAGAGCUCGAUUCUUUAUCGAAAUGGAAAGCGCAUUUGAAACAGUCCGCGAUGGCCGCAAUAAGGUUGGUGCAUGGAGCUCUGCAGGACAAGAACCGUCACAUCGAGGGACAGGACUUCGCAUCCUCGACCAAACAACUAGCGGAUAGUCGGAUCAAUGACGACUACAUCCUGAACAGUGCAGAACUCGUCCGAGCGAGAGGGGAUAACGUCAUCGUCGUCACUGACGACAAGAACCUCCAAGUGAAGAUGACGAUGAUGAGGAUCUCGACGCUCAAUUGCCUCGAGUUCAUAGCGAAAUACCAUUGGCUCUCGCCCAUUAUCACGAGCGACGUCAGAAGGGAAGCUGUUCUCAUCGGUGACACCGUUCUUGCCCAGUUUACUGAGGUCGUUGUGGCAUCCAUUGUCCUGAAAGGAGUUCUGGCACACCUCGCUCCCCUACCGAUGGAAAGGCGGCGAGAAAUUUUCCCCUCGGAAAAGUUGGCGACCGUUCUCUCCCUCUUGCUGAAAAAUAAGAGUCUCCUCACAACUUACACCGGACCGUUCAGCGUUUUGAACUACGAUCGUGUUGCUCAAACGUUGACCCCCCUACAACAAUACGAAGUCACUUGUAGGGGUGACCCUCAGGACGAGAAGAAAUUCGUAUUUUUCGCCCGUUUCGCGAACAGUGCGGAAAUUCUCUGCCGGAACAUCGCCAGCUAUUUCCCCAACAUGGAGACCCGCGCGGAACUUGUGGGUGACCCUGAGCCUCCGCCGAAGCUGAGAACACCAAGGCAGACGAAAACCACCCGGAAGAAGGUCGCGGAGCCCGAGCCGGAGCCACCUGCAGAGCCCAUUUAUUUUUCAUUCUCCCAAGGUCGCGAGACCCGGAGUACUUUCAAGCCUGUCGAGACUGCAGAAACAUCAAAGCCCUUCACCAUGAGUCCCAGACGGCCGGUGGCGCAAAGAACCGCCACGGGUCUCGGGAGGCAGGAAGCUCCGAAAACUUCCACAGUGACUCCCAGUAGAGCCGCGGCACCGAGAGAUCCCACCGCAGGUCCCUACGCCGAGCUGCACGACUCGAUCAGCGAUGACGUGAGCGCGGUCGUUUACGAAUAUUUCCAGAAGUUCGGGCUGUCGAUUUGUAAUUACACCGGUAGUUGUUGUGUAAAACUCGGUGUGAGAUUCUCGUUAGCCUUCAAAGUCUCCACCGCACGUCUCGAGAGCUCGUUACCGCAAGUCACGGAUAGCUUCGAUCUGGUGCUCAAAGCAAUGAAGAAAAUUAUCAUGGGAUCGAAGUCUCCCGAGCCUGCUCGAGACUUCAUCCUUCACUCGGCUAAUGUCAUGGACGCCAUCGGCAAGGCAGAUCCGGAGUUGGUGAAUAGUUUACCCAGGAUAUCUCCGGAAUCCCUGCUUGCCUUCUCCCGGAACUCCGAGGGUAAACAACAGCUUGUCACGGGAUAUCAACAAUUCUGCGAUUUCAAUAACUGCUUGGAGAAGUGUUGGCUCGAAGCUCAACGAACAUGA